AUGGCUGGAAAGAUGAAGAUGGGAUCUUUUGCGCAGACAUUAGCAGGGAAAAGGGAGAGACUUCUUUCAACCACUAAGGGUGACUCAGAGAUUGUCUUUCCUAAUGUUCAAGGACCAAAUGAACCCACAAGAAAUUGUUGCAGUUAUAGAUUCUUGUCUGAUAAGAUUGUUGGAUUUUGUAAACAAGUUCAAGAUGUUGCUUAUAGAGCGUAUCAAAUGGGAAAAUCUGAUCCAAGAAAGAUUGUUUUCUCUGUAAAAAUGGGUUUGGCUUUGACGCUAAUUUCUUUGUUGAUUUUCUUGAAGAAGCCCAUUAAAGAGCUUAGUCAGCACUUUGUUUGGGCUAUUCUUACUGUUGUGGUUGUCUUUGAAUUCAGCAUAGGAGCAACCUUGAGCAAAGGAUUUAACAGAGGGAUUGGGACAUUAUCAGCUGGAGGGCUUGCUCUGGCAAUGGCAGAGUUGUCUCAUUUGACUGGAGCGUGGGAGGAAGCUGUUCUUAUUCUUAGCAUCUUCUACAUAGGUUUUUGUGCAACUUACGCAAAACUAUACCCGUCAAUGAAGCCUUAUGAAUAUGGAUUUCGAGUGUUCUUGUUGACAUAUUGUUUCGUAAUGGUAUCCGGGUAUAGGACUGGGGAAUUUAUCCAUACAGCUGUUUCACGAUUUUUGCUUAUUGCACUAGGUGCUGGUGUUGGGUUGGCCGUAAAUAUAUUGAUAUAUCCCAUCUGGGCUGGUGAGGAUCUACACAACCUGGUGGCAAAAAAUUUCACGAGUGUGGCAACUUCAUUAGAAGGUUGUGUUAAAGAGUACCUUGAUUGCACUGAAUAUAAAAGGAUCCCAUCGAAAAUCCUUACAUACCAAGCUUCUGAUGACCCACUCUAUAGUGGCUACAGAGCAGCUGUAGAAUCUAAAAGCCAAGAGGACGCUCUGAUGGGUUUUGCUAUUUGGGAGCCUCCUCAUGGUCCUUACAAGUCAUUUAACUACCCAUGGAAAAACUAUGUCAAAGUAAGCGGUGCGUUGAGGCAUUGUGCUUUCAUGGUCAUGGCACUGCACGGAUGUAUUCUUUCGGAAAUUCAGGCUCCAGCUGAGCGAAGACAGGUAUUUCAUCAUGAGCUGAAAAGAGUAGGUGCUGAAGGAGCAAAAGCGUUGCAUGAACUUGGAAACAAAGUAAAAAAGAUGGAGAAACUAGGUCCAGUAGACAUACUCUAUGAAGUGCAUGAGGCUGCUGAAGAGUUACAAAACAAAGUGGACCGAAAGUCAUACCUUCUUGUCAAUGCAGGGUUCUGGGAAAUUAGGAAUAGGGAAAAGGAGCUGGGAGAACCCCAAGACUUGCUGACAUUUGAUGAUGACGAAAAUAUAGUCCUGGAAUACAAGUCCCAUAGUGAAGCUGUGCUUGAUCUCGGAUCAACGACUCUACCAAAAAGUUGGGAUGGGUGUGCCCCCAACAUGGACGUCAAGCCCAUCUUCCAUCCAUGUAAUUCCUCAAAGGAUGUGUUAAAGAAACAAAUAUCUUGGCCUGCACGAAAUUCAUUUACCAGGGACACACUGCCACAAGUUGAAGAAUCAAAAACUUAUGAAAGUGCAAGUGCAUUGUCUUUAGCUACAUUUACAUCUCUUUUAAUUGAAUUUGUUGCAAGGCUGCAAAACCUUGUGGACUCAUUCGAAGAACUAAGUGAAAAGGCAAACUUUAAAGAACCUGUCGAGCUGCCAGCACCUGCAGAGGCUAAUGGGUUUUGGAUCAGAUUGCAUAGAAGUCUGAGGUUCUGGAAAUAA